ACGCGUGAUGAUACUUCUCUGAUCAAGAAAAUAAGGACGGCUGUGUGGUAGAGACUUUGGCAGCGGAGCCGGGAAGAGUAUGGAGAAAUGGCCCUGGACGGCGGUGGUGGUCCUGCUGGCCCUGACGGUGCGGUGGGCUGUCUCGCUCCAUUCCUACUCAGGUGCUGGGAAACCGCCGCUGUUUGGGGAUUACGAAGCUCAGAGACACUGGCAGGAGGUCACUGUGAACUUACCGCUCAGACAGUGGUAUUUCAACAGCAGCGAGAACGACCUGCAGUACUGGGGGCUGGACUACCCACCGCUCACGGCGUACCACAGUCUGCUGUGCGCUUUCGUGGCAGAGCGCAUCAACCCCGCCUGGGUGGCGCUGCACACGUCGCGGGGGCACGAGAGUCCAGCGCACAAGCUCUUCAUGCGCACCACAGUUUUAGUCGCCGAUGUGAUGAUUUACAUUCCUGCAGUGGUUUUGUACUGCUGUUGUUUAAAAGAAAUCUCAACUAAGAAAAAGGUCGCCAACGCCCUCUGCAUCCUGCUGUACCCAGGCCUCAUUCUUAUUGACCAUGGGCAUUUCCACAGGUACAACUCUGUGAGUCUUGGCUUCGCCCUGUGGGGUGUCCUCGGCGUGUCUUGUGACUGGGACCUGCUGGGGUCACUGGCCUUUUGUUUAGCGCUAAAUUACAAACAGAUGGAACUUUACCAUUCCUUGCCAUUUUUUUGCUUUUUACUUGGCAAGUGUUUUCAGAAAGGCCUCAAAGGAAAGGGGCUGGGCUUGCUGCUGAAGCUGGUGGGCACCGUGGUGGCUUCCUUCGCUCUCUGCUGGCUGCCGUUCUUCAGCGAGAGGGAGCAGACCCUGCAGGUGGUCAGACGCCUCUUCCCCGUGGAGCGAGGGCUGUUUGAGGAUAAAGUGGCCAGUGUCUGGUGCAGCGUCAACAUCUUCGUGAAGAUUAAGGACCUGCUGCCGCGAGACACUCAGAUACUGAUCAGCUUUUGCUUUACGCUUUUGAGCUUGCUUCCAGCCUGUAUAAAACUGACCCUUCAUCCCUCUCCCAGAGGGUUCAGAUUUGCUCUGAUCAGCUGUGCACUGUCGUUCUUCUUAUUUUCCUUCCAAGUACAUGAAAAGUCCAUUCUGUUGGUAGCACUACCCGUCUGCUUAGUGCUACAUGAGGUUCCUUUUAUGUCAGCUUGGUUUUUGCUCGUGUCCACGUUCAGCCUGCUGCCCCUGCUGCUCAAGGACGGGCUGCUGCUG